AUGUUCUCCGGAUUCGACGCAAUUAUUGCUAAACACGACGCUUACAAGGUUGAGACUAUCGGUGACGCUUAUAUGAUUGUAUCUGGCGUUCCAAACGAAAACGGCAAUAAUCACGUGCAACAUAUCGCGGAUGUCGCAUUGAAGAUGAGAUCGGUUAUGAUGGUUCGCAUUGGAUUCCACAGUGGAAGUGUAGCAGCUGGUGUUGUUGGCCUAGCAGCUCCAAGAUACUGCUUGUUCGGCGACACGGUCAAUAUGGCAUCGCGUAUGGAAAGCACUGGCGUUGCUAAUAAGAUUCAGGUCAUUGUUUCCUUUUCAUCCUGA